CAACCUAGCUGCUUGUCACUUUUUUUUUUAUUUGCAAGUAGAAGAAAAACAGUUCAAAAACACUCAAAAACAAAAUGUCAUCAACAGCUGCAGAAGAAAUUGAACUACUAGAACGCGUUUUAUUGCGUUUAGGUGUUGCAGAUACCGAUGAAAAAUUGGAGGCAACUGUUGGCCGGUUCCUGACACCGGUCAUCAUCAAAAUAACCUCUCCGCAUGAUAAUGUUCGAAUGAAGGUUGUAGAAGUGCUAACGCACAUUAAACGUCGUGUGACGUCACGGCCACUGGUUCAAAUUCCAGUGGAGUCUUUAUUGGAUCAGUAUAAAGCAUCGGGAAAGUCACCAUUUUUGCAAAACUUUGCCAUCAUUUUCAUUACAAUGGGCUUCCCGCGACUUCCAAUUGAGAAACAAACCGAAUUGGCUAACAAGUUGAUUGCUUGUGAAGAGAAAUUGGAAAACUAUCAGGACAGAUUAUUUAUGUUGUUGUUGCCAUUGAUGGGUGACAUGAAAAUACCAGAUGAUCCAGCUAAAAGGAAAGACUUACUAUCACUCGAUGAUAAGCCAGAAAUUAAAAAGAGUUUCUUGGCAUUAUUGCAAGAUGUUCUGUUGGUUCCUUAUGGUUCAACUAAUGAUGUAAUCCCAGCUGGUCUUAGUCCAAGUUCCUUCAAACGUAUUAACGCUAAUAACUGGAAGGCAGAAGAAUUAGAAAAGAUAAAACAAGGAAUUGUUCGUUUCAUUUGCACUGGCAUUUUCUCGGACUUGGAAAUCUUCAUUCUUCUCGUAAUUGCAUCGUCUGAUACUCGAUUUAGUGUUGCUACACCAGCUAUAGCUGAAUUGAGUAAAGUCUGCACUAUGCUUGACUUUACCGAUGGUCAUGUCACGGCUCCAUUGUAUACGCUCUUUUCGGGAAAUAAUUCCCCAAAUCCUGAUCGCAAAACAACUCCAUGUUGUGCUAGAGUUCGUCAAAAGCUUCUUCAAUAUCUGAUCAAAGCCCGUGGCAAGGGAAUCAAUACUCCCAAAGGUAUCCAAGUCAUUUUUGAAGGUCUCUUUGGAGAAUAUACGAAUCAGAAGUGUCGAGUUUUGGCUCUGCAAUUCUGUGAAAUUCUUAUCAAAGAGGGACCAAUUGAAAUUGUUUCCAAGGUGGCCAAAGUUAUUCUAACCGGGUUAUCAAAGUUAAUUGGCCGCGAAGCUGAUGAACCAGUUGAUGUUCAAAAUGCUGCCUAUUCAGCUUUGGCUCAACUCUCUAGAACUUGCCCCAAUGUUAUCAAUCAGGAUUUGAAAAUUGUUUUAUCUUAUUUCAAUCAUUUGGCAAAUGCUCAACCUGAAUUGCACACUUCAAUUAGAGAAGCUUUAGUAUCAAUGGCUCCAGCAUUUGCUUACAAUUCAGCCAUGGAAACUGAUUCAAAGGAAGACUAUCAGCUUGACUCACAACAACAUCUUUUGUUGGCCAUGUUGGCUGAUAAUGCUGAAUCGAAACUGAACAUUGUUCAGAAUGUUACAAGUGUCUUUUUAACAACUUGUUUUCCGGAACACUUUGCACCAGCAAGAUUCCUUUUGCUACUUAUCGCUGGAGAAAGGAAUUCUUUGAGAGAGACUGUGACAUCUUACCUCUAUGGUGUGUCCAAGAAGGACCAAGUCAACUACAACUAUUUAUCAUCAAUCGACUUCCCCGAAGGAACUGUUGAUGAUUUUAACAAGCUUAGCUCUGAACAGAGACGUGUUGUGAUUCCUGGCUUUAAACCUAUGAUGCGACAUGUUGCCGAAGUUGCCAAAAAGCGGCUAGCCAAGAGCACCCAAUACGUUGUUGUUGGUCGUACUAAGUUGGCAUUCAAUCUAAAUGUAUACGAAGAGAUCCUUGACUAUUUGAGAGUGUGUCUUUGGUUUUCAGCUGGAGUUAAAGGUGGUCCAGGAGAUGAAAAGAACACAAUGUUACUCAAAAACUACAUUAUGAAAAAUUUCGCUGAAAGCGAGGAUAAUGAAAUCCAUCAAUACUUGCAACUUGUUCAGAAAUCUGUCGAAGCAAAGAGAAGUGAAGUUAGUCUACUUUGUUUGUAUGAUCUUCUCAAUGCAGCUCCGGAGAUUCUUGCUAAGCCUCAAAUGCAUUUGAUGGAAUCUCUGGCAAACUCUUUAAAAGAUGUUUCAGAAACAACAAGAUUACAUGUAGCACAAGUUUAUGGAAUUCUCUUGGCCUAUGGAACAGAUCAGAAAGAUUUCGAUUCACAGAUUUCGGAGAUUCUUUCAGGUCUUCCACAGAAAUCUCUUGAGAAUCGUCAUGGAUGGUUGUUGGUACUUGGACAUGCAUAUAGUAGACGUAUUGAAUCUUUAAGCAAGAUUGAGGAAAAAUUGGAAUUCAGUAAAUCACCACAAUUUAUUGGAAGUGUUAAAGUUCUUGUUAAAAUGCUUUGCGAGACACAACCACUUUUAGUUUCAGCAGCAAUUAAGGGUAUUUCGAUGAUUGGUAGAACAGUUGAGAUUCCUGACUUUGAUGUAGAGAUUCCACUUCAAAAAGAAGAUGAGAAUGAUGAUGCCAUGGACGAAGACAAAACUGCUUCUGUCUCAACAAAGUUCAUCAUAUUCGGAGUUAUAUUCGGUCUCUUGAGAAGUUCCUCAGUUAGAGCAAAAAUUCGUGAGGAUGCCUGCAAAUGUUUGGGCAGUUUAGCCAUUGGUGAUGGGUUGCACUUUACAACCAAGAAUUUGGAUAAAUUCCUAUCUCUGGUUAAAGUUCAGAAAGAUGCAGCUCUGAAUAUUGCAAUCUCAGAAGCUAUUGUGUCCACAAUUAAUGGAUACGAUCCAAGUUGUGGACCGCCAAAAGCAGAUUUUGUUAAUCCACAUUGUGAUGAUAAGGCAUUUGAGAAGUUCUUAAAUGCUUUGGUUAAAAUUGUCACUGAUCCGAAUCCAAACUCAAGACAGGCAAGUGCUGUAUGGCUUUUGGCUGUGGUGAAGCAUUGCAGUAGUCGUCCAAGUGUAUUGGCAAAGAAACAAUUGCUUCAAUUUGCUUUUACAGAGCUUCUAUCUGAUGACAGUGAAUUCGUCCAAGACGUUGCAUCUCGAGGACUGGGUCUAGUUUACUCGCUCUCAGACAGUAAUAGCCAAAACGAUUUGGCAAACUCUUUGCUCGACCAACUUAUUGGUGGCAAAAAGAAAGUCAAUCAAGUGGCCGAAGACACAGAACUCUUUGCUGAAGGAAUGCUUGGAAAAACCCCAACUGGUGGCAAUAUAACAACAUACAAAGAACUCUGCAGUCUGGCAUCCGAUCUUAAUCAACCAGAAAUGAUUUAUCAAUUUAUGCAAUUGGCCAAUCAUAAUGCUACAUGGACUAGCAAAUUAGGAGCAGCUUUCGGUUUAAAAUCCAUCUCCAAAGAUGCCAAAACAAAAAUGCAACCUUAUUUAGGAAAAAUCAUUCCUCGUUUAUAUCGUUAUAAAUAUGAUCCAACACCAAAGAUUCAAAAUUCAAUGAUUUCAAUUUGGGAUUCAAUUGUUGCUGAUUCGAAAGCUGUAACUGAGGAAUAUUAUUGGGAGAUUAUGAAGGAAAUUCUUGAUAAUCUGACUUUUAAUGAGUGGAGGGUGAGAAUAGCUUGUUGUUUGGCUGUGAGGGAUCUUAUAAGACGAUCAAAUGGAUUGAGAUUAAGGACAGAAGAAGCUGCAAAAAACAAGAAGGCUGAUUCUAUGGACGUUGAUAAUGAAGUUCCAGAGCCUGAGUUAAAGGAACUCUGGUCACAGUUGUUCCGAGUAAUGGACGACAUUCAUGAGGGUACACGUCUUGCUGCCCAAGGUACAGUUUCAACUUUAAGCAAGAUUUGUGUAAAGGCAGCUUCAAGUGAUCAUGGAAAAUCGGGAUUAGCUGUUGCAUCUUCAAUUUUGCCUUUGCUUUUAGAGACUGGUGUUGGUCAUACAGUUGCUGAUAUACGCAAAGUCAGCAUACAAACUAUUUCCGAAAUGAUUGAAUCUUCAGGAUCACUCAUAACCCCGCAUUUACCAUCGUUGAUUCCGUGUUUAUUGAAGGCAACUGGAGAAUUAGAGUCGUCUAAGUUGUCAUAUUUAUCAACAAGACUUGGUGCUGAAGCUGAAGCUCAGGAAGCUGUUGAUUCUAUUCGAGCUGAGGCAGCUAAAUCCCAUCAUACUAUGGAAACCACAGCUAAAUGUAUUCGUCAUGUAGAUUAUGCAGCUCUUGAAAAAAUGACACCGGAAAUCUUAGAGUUGAUUAAGAGCAGUAUGAAUUUGGGUACCAAAAUUGCAUGCGCUCAUUUUGUCUGUUUGAUAAGCAUCCGUUUGGGUAAGGAAAUGACUCCACUUGUAGGUAAAUACUUGGGUGCUUGUUUUACUGGCCUUAAAGAUCGCAAUGCUACGGUUAGGAAGUACUAUGCCAGUGCAAUUGGUCAUCUAAUGGGACUUGCCAAGGAGCAAUCAAUUAAGAAUCUCUUUGUAAAGCUUGAUGAACUCUACACAGAGAAUCCAUCAAAUCGAUCAAUUGCUCUGACAAUUCAAUCGAUUAAUAAACGGCACCACGAGCUUCUAAAAGACUACACAGACAGUACUAUUCCACUAAUUUUCUAUGCCAUGCAUGAAGAAUCCAAUGAAGAGAAUAAAAGUAACAUUGAGCUGUGGAAAGAUUUGUGGAAUGAAGUUAGCCCAGGUGAUGCUGGUAUUCGACUGAAUUUGAACGUGAUUAUACCCAAGCUGGAGAAGUCACUUGAAGAUCCCAGUUGGCUAAGAAAAGCACAGAGUGCUAAUGCCAUAAAUACAAUUGCCAAGCGAUUGAAUACAACUCUAGAAGACGGAGAUCGUUUAAGAUUAAUCAAUUUGCUUCUAGUUGCUCUACAAGGUAGAACUUUCCAAGGCAAGGAACGUCUGCUUCAAGCUUUAGCUGGCCUCUGCAAAGGUUUGGAUAAGAAUCAUGAAGUUGGCAACAAAAUCAUCGAUGCUGCUUUGAAAGAAUGCAAAAAAGAGGAACCUCAAUAUAGGACACUUGUCCUGAGUUCAUUGGGCGAUAUUCUUGAAGAACUCGAAGCAGAUCGCUUUGAGGAGGUUUACAAUAUGAUUUGGUAUUUAUUAGAUAAGAAAGAUCUCAAAAACGAAGAAGACGAUGAUAUGGGUGAGCUUAAUGCUGAUCAACGUAAUAAAAGAGCAAAUCUUUUUAAUAAACUUAAAGAAACUGUCUGCGAAACACUUGGUAAAUCCUGGCCAAAGAAUUCAGAAACAACACAAGCAAAGUAUCAAGUACAAUUUGCUGAACGUUGUUCUCAGUGCUUGAAGGAUAAUACACGUCCAGUGCAAGUGAGUCUGAUGAUUGCUUUGACUAAAUUUGUUGAACGAUUGAAAGUUUUCGAACCUGAGACAGCUGAAAAUAAAGAAAAGAAACAAAAAGUUGAUUCAUCAAAUGAUUUGAUUAAGGAGAAGAUUUGUACUGAUGUCUUGGGAGCUGUUACUUAUGCUUCCGGUCUGCCCCAUACUGGCUUAAAGAAAGAAUCUUUAAAUAUCGUCCUUGUUUUGAUUAAGAAAUUAUCUGAAGCUCAUGAUGAACGAAAUUUAGCUCUUGUUAAGAAAAUAUUUGAAGAGUCACUGCAGCGUUUCGAAAAAGACUCAGCUCCAGAGGUGCGUUGUCGCAUUAAAGACAUCGAAGAUAAACUCAGUAAGAUCAAAAGUUAGGUGUUUCUAUUUUGUAUUACUGUGAGGUGAAUUUAAACUAAAUAUUUAUGCCCGUUGAAUUGGUUCAAGGGAUACAAUUAUUAUGUGAAGAAUGAUUUCAAUACUAAAAUAAAUAAUCGUGAAACGAGUCUUUGCAAACAAAAAA